AUUUGCAUAAAUGGUAAGUCGCAACCUUCCCAAGUUCUUCCUCUUCCCCCCGCCCCCCCCUGAAACUUUGGUAUUGGAAGCGUUCUUCCCCAUCUCUAGUUUGCUUCACAAUGAAUACACCUUUCUACUGCUUCUCUUAUCCUUCUCUAGUACUUUGUUGGGUACCCGAUAAAAGAUUUUGGAUCGGCUUCAUGGUUUGUCUCGAGUUGUUCUUACCGACUUGAUUUCUGCAAGUGAUACUGGUUAUGUCCUUCACUUAGCAACGAGAUCAAAAGAUGCGGAGCUCAAAUCUCUUUUUGAAGUUUGGAGCAUGGAGAGGGAUACACAGGGUUAUCUUCAUAGUGGGUUUACUUGCUCUUCUCCUCAGUGUUAGCUCCUUGUCCAACUUCUACUCUCUCACCUCAAUUCUUAACCCUGAUAAUUUCUGUAAGCAUAUGAACCCUGUGGAUCAAGACAGAAACAGAAACGAAACAAGCAAAACUUUAGAGACGGUGAUCCAGAAGAUUCAUGAAGAAAUGAGACACAUAAGAGAAUCACCGGCGGAGUCCUCUGUGGUGAGACACAGUGCUUUCCUUGGAGACAUUUUGGGUUUGCUAGAGUCUGUGCAGGCAUCUCUGUCGUCGAUUGAAGGAACCCAUCAGACACAGAAUGGAAUCGGUGCUGCCCAUCCUCUGUUCAGGCCCUCGCAACAAUCUGAUGAGCCCGGCAAUUACUUUCUGGUGGAAGAGAUUAGAAAGUAUGUGAAGAUGAAGCCCAAUCGAUUAGGCAAACAAAACUUCAUGGGAGCAAAUGGGACCUUCACCAGCAUCGGUCAUGCCUGUUUCUCCAUGAAAGCAGAGCUCCAAGAGUACAUGGAUUACGAUGUGGGGGACAUUUGCAAUGACGAUUGGAAGCUCGCUCAAAAGCUCAUUGUUCAUGGGUGCGAUCCAUUGCCCAGGAGGAGGUGUUUGUCAAUAGCUCCAAAGCUGUACAGAAAGCCCUUCCCCAUUAAUGAAUCUAUGUGGAAGCUCCCUGACGAUCGAAAUGUUCGAUGGAGUCAGUACAGAUGCAAAAACUUCAGUUGCCUGGCUAAGAAGAACACGAAGAAGGGGUUUUUCAAGUGUGCAGAUUGCUUUAAUCUAGUGGAUCAUGAGAUGCCCAGAUGGAUUAAACCUGUCAAUGUUAAUCCAAUUUCAAAUCUAACUGCCGAUUUCCUUAUACCUGAAGUAUUGGGUAUCAAGCCCGGGGAGAUCAGGAUUGGACUGGAUUUCAGCAUUGGUACUGGAACUUUUGCAGCUCGGAUGAGAGAGUUCAAUGUCACUAUAGUCUCGGCGACCAUUAAUCUAGGGGCUCCCUUCAAUGAGAUGAUUGCCCUGCGAGGGCUCAUCCCUCUCUACUUGACCAUAAACCAAAGGCUCCCAUUCUUUGACAACACUCUUGACCUUAUCCACACAACAAGAUUUCUUGAUGGUUGGAUCGAUUUUCUGCUAUUGGACUUCGUCUUGUAUGAUUGGGAUCGUGUUCUGAGACCGGGUGGUCUGCUUUGGAUUGAUGACUUCUUCUGUUUGAAAGAGGAUUUGAAUGAUUUUUUGGAGUCAUUUAAGAUGAUAAGGUACAAGAAGCAUAAAUGGGUGAUUGUGCCAAAGCUUGAUAAAGAUGACAGAGAGGUCUUCUUUUCUGCAAUUCUAGAGAAGCCACUUAGGCCAUUCCGAUGACCACAUCAGAAUAAUACUUCAAUUCUGUAAACUUUUCAUAUAUUACCAUUGUUUAAUAGCUCCACUCUUGUAUUCACUUCUCUUUUAGAAAAAUUUGUUCCUUCAGAAAGGAACCCCCAUGAAAUGGAGAGUUUUGAAAGGCUUAAUAGUUGAA